GCCGCCCCCGCCCCGCCUGUUUAUGCACGGGCUGCGCACGUGGCGGCCGCGCGGCGCCAUUGGCGCUCGCUCUCGGGGGCCGCGGCCGCCCGGCCAAUCGCGGUGCUGUCCACGCGCGGCCGCUCGCCUGCGAUUGGCUCCGGCGCAGCGAUCACGCACCGUGACGUAACAGACGCGUGCGCCCCCCCCUUGGCUGCCAAUCCGGAGGCGGUGCGGUGCACGGCGAAUCGCGGGGCGCAGAGCUCGGAGGCGCCCAACGAGCGGCGAGCCGGGGCGGGACUUUCCUCUGCGGGCGCCGGCGGAGACGGGCGGGUUUUAAAGCGACCGUCGACGGCGGGCGCGGGGCUUCCCCCCCCCCCCCCGCCCCGCAGCCGGGGAGCUAUGGCGGCCGCCGGGCCGGGCCCGGGCCCCGGCGCCGUGAAGACGCUGGCCCUGGUGCUGGAGGACGAGGCGCAGCGCGGCGGCGGCUACUGCAGCGGGGACGCGGUGUCCGGGAGGGUCCUGCUGGAGCUGGCGGGGCCGCUGCCGCUGCGCGGGCUGCGCCUCGAGGCCGUGGGGCGGGCGCGCGUCGCCUGGAGCGACAGCUCGGGAGCCGUGUCCGGGGCGGCGGGCAGGGCGCUGGGGCCGCGGCGGGAGGCCGAGGUGCCGUACCUGGACAUCCGGCAGAACCUCCUGCGGGACCCGCCCGGAGGUGAGGAAAACUUAAUUCUUCUAGAUGGAAGACAUGAAUUUCCGUUCAGCUUUCAACUCCCUCAAGAACCUUUGGUGACCUCUUUUACUGGGAAGUAUGGCAGUAUUCAGUACUAUGUGAAAGCUGUUCUGGAGAGGCCCACGAUGCCUGAUCAAAGCGUUCAGACAGAGCUUCAGGUCAUUAGCCAUAUCGACAUCAGCUCACCAGCUCUAUUGACACCGGUUCAAAGAAGUCAAGAGAAGAUGAUUGGCUGUUGGUUUUUCACCUCUGGGCCAGUGUCUCUCAGUGCCAAAAUCGAGAGGAAGGGAUACUGUAAUGGGGAGGCCAUACCAAUCUAUGCAGAAAUUGAGAACUGCUCGUCUCGUCUGAUUGUUCCAAAAGCUGCCAUUUUCCAAACACAAACUUACCUGGCCAAUGGGAAGACAAAAACUUUCCGUCAGAUGGUUGCCAAUGUCCGAGGAAACCAUAUUGCCUCUGGGAGUACAGAUACCUGGAAUGGGAAAACUCUGAAAAUCCCACCUGUAUCCCCGUCUAUACUUGACUGCUGUAUUAUUAGGAUAGAAUAUUCAUUAGCUGUGUAUGUCCAUAUUCCUGGUGCUAAGAAAUUGAUGGUUGAAAUGCCGCUGGUGAUUGGCACUAUUCCAUGUAUUGGAUUUUCAAGCAGAAAUUCCAGCAUUACCAGCCAGUUUAGUAUGGAUAUGAGUUGGCUGGCACUGACCAUGCCAGAACACCCUGAAGCACCACCAAAUUAUGCUGAUGUAGUGUCUGAGGAAGAGUCCUCCAGACAUGUUCCUGCUUAUCCACCACCAAUUGACUGUGAGGAACAAUUGUGUUGUCCUGUGUUUGCUUACAUACAAGAGUUCCGGUUUCAGCCUCCGCCUCUUUAUUCAGAGAUUGAUCCACAUCCAACUGAUGUAGAAGAAGUUCAGCCUGUUUCAUUCAUGCUCUGAAGAUGAUUUGUAAUGAGCAUCAUUGUGAUGAAUGUCUUAAUCUUUCUGCUGCUUAAGCUGGUAGUGCAGCUACAAAGAAAACAG